AUGGCUUCUUCGGAAGCCGAUUCCCGUCUGAAGCAGGUGCUCGUUCCCGCGCUCGAGAAAAUCAUCAAAAACGCGUCAUGGAGAAAGCACGCGAAGCUCGCGCACGAGUGCAAAUCCGUGAUCGAAACUCUAACCUCUGCCCCGAAGCCUCAAUCGCCGGCCUCUAACGACGCAGCCGAGCCGGAGGCCUCGGUCCCUGGCCCGAUCCACGAUGGCGGUCCAGUGGAGUACUCGCUGGCGGAGUCGGAGUCGAUCCUUCGACCGCUCAUCGCCGCCGCGUCCUCCGGCGUCGUGAAGAUCGCCGAUCCCGCUGUCGACGCCGUGCAGCGGCUCAUCGCGCACGGAUUCCUCCGCGGCGAGGCGGACUCCGGCGGCGGCGCGCCUGAGGCAAAGAUGCUCGCCAGCCUGAUCGAGGCGGUAUGCAAGUGCCACGAGUUCGGCGACGACGCCGUCGAAUUGCUCGUGCUGAAGACGCUUUUAUCAGCAGUGACCUCAAUUUCCCUACGAAUUCACGGUGAUUGCUUGCUCUUGAUUGUGAGAACUUGUUAUGACAUAUAUCUCGGUAGUAAGAAUGUGGUGAAUCAGACGACGGCGAAAGCGUCGUUGAUUCAAAUGUUAGUUAUUGUCUUUAGGAGGAUGGAGGCGGAUUCGUCCACGGUUCCGGUUCAGCCUAUUGUUGUGGCUGAAUUGAUGGAUCCUGUGGACAAAUCUGACGUGGAUAACUCCAUGACGCAGUCUGUGCAGGGUUUUAUCACCAGGAUUGUGCAGGACAUUGAUGGAGUUUUGAAUCCAGUGACGCCGUCAACUUUGGGCGCACACGACGGUGCCUUUGAGACAACAGUGGCGGCAACAGUGGAAGCUGCGAAUCCGGCGGAUUUGUUGGAUUCCACUGACGAAGACAUGCUGGAUGCCAAAUAUUGGGAGAUCAGUAUGUAUAAGACCGCAUUGGAGGGGAGGAAAGGGGAGCUGGUGGAUGGGGAGCUGGUGGAGAGGGAUGAUGAUCUGGAGAUUCAGAUUGGGAAUAAGCUCAGGAGAGAUGCCUUUUUGGUGUUCAGGGCACUUUGUAAGUUGUCCAUGAAGACACCAUCGAAGGAGGCAUCCGUAGACCCUCAGUUGAUGAAGGGGAAGAUUGUGGCCUUGGAGUUGUUGAAGAUCUUGCUGGAGAAUGCUGGUGCUGUCUUCAGGACUAGCGAAAGUGUGCUUCGACAAGAUACAUACCUGCCACUGAUGCUUCCAUGCAAAGAAGUAGAAACUGAGAAAACGGCAGAAUAG